AUGCUUGACAUCGAGGAUGACGCGUCGAGGCGCGAAAAAUGCUUCACCACGGUCGCCCAGCUCCCCACAUUUAUUGACCCGAAGCAGACUCCAAGUAGAAAGUCACCUUUUUCUGCCAUACUGAACCACCCAUUUGUGCAUACGGUUGAGGUGAUCCUCCCCGAAGAUACCUACUCCAGUAUCAAGGGACCUUUAGAGACCAAACUCCAGAAAAUACAAAGCGCUCGAGUCUUCAUGUAUCCAUCGGAUAUUCUUGAACAUGACUUUUUCAACAAAUACAUCAAAUCUGGAAACAUUAUCAUGAUAUCCGAAGGUCGUGCCGGCUCGGAUACUGUAUUUGCUCUUUCUGAUGGCCUUCUCAAGGUAGAACUUGGGAAAGAGAUUUACGAGCGAACAGGGCUUGUGGGUAAACCGGUGCGCAGUGGAGGUCGAAAACAUGCCAAAGAAAGAUUCGUGAUUGAGUUAAACCUCCGACUUCCGUCAAUGUUGCAUGGGAAAAAGGGGUUUGAUCGGAUAGUGUGGGCAUUCAAGAACGUUCUCAACCAAUCCAUAUCGUGGUUGUUUAGUGAUCUAGGUUCUACAUCAGAAAAAAAGAAUGAAUCCCAACCGAUUGAGCGUCAUUUUCCCCAGUGGAUUGAAUGCGCGCCGCUCCAGAAUAGCUUCGGCCGAGUCCUGGUGCCGUCGCUAAAGGGCUUAGUCUCAACUGACAUGCCCGAGGUUGAGCUGCAAGACGCCUGCGGUUCCGUAUCAGAAUGGAUUGCUAUGACUCAACUGCGAUCACCCCGUGUUUCUGUCGACGAUGACGUUGACCCCUUUCUGAGUCGCUACAGCGUCCCUGGUGUAGAGGAAGCAAGCGCUCAGGAUUUGAUUAGCCUAAGAUGGCAUGCGUUUAUUUCCCCACAGUGGACCAUAAACCUUAUUUCGUCCUUGUUGUAA